AUGUCCCACCAGCGCGUGAGGCGCAACGGCUCCCCGACCCCGGCUACCUCCCUGGGGGGCGGGGGGCCCGCGGCGGCGGCGGGCGGCGGAGCAGGAGCGAGCAGCCGCCUCCAGCCCAUGCGGGCCACGGUGCCCUUCCAGCUCAAGCAACAGCAGCAGCAACAUGGCAGCCCCACGAGGAGCGGCGGGGGCGGCGGCGCCAGCGCCCCAGGCGGGGGUCUCCCACGCGCGGCGCCCGCCUCGCGCAGCAUCAGCCCCACGCGUGCGGCUCCCACCGGCGGCGGCAACGGCGCGCGCGCCGGCCCCGCCGUGGCCACGCAGACGCCGGGAGGAGGGGGAGGCAGCGCCGCCGCCUCUGCAGCUGCCACCGCCGCCUCCUCGCGGGGCAGCCCCACGCGCGCGGGCGGGGCGCGGGGGAGCCCCCCGCGGCCUCACCAGCUGCCGCCGCCGCCGCCCCCCCCGCCGCUGCCGCCGCCCCCUCAGCCGGGCUGCGGGCCCUCACCUUGCUCUUCCCCGGUGCCUCCGCUGCCGGAGGGUAGCGCUACAGCCGCGGGCAGGGUCCGGCAUCGGCGACACUCGCCGGAGCAAGGCAGGAGCUCCCCGGAGAGGAAGAGCCCCAGCUCCCCGGUCUGUAAAGCUGAUAAAUCAAGACCACCUUCCUCAAGCCCUUCCAGUAUUAUUCGCCGCACUUCCUCACUGGAUACACUUGCUGCUCCUUACCUUGCUGGACAGUGGCCUCGUGAUAAUCAUGGGCAAGCUGUUCCAUGUAUGAGAGACAAAGCCACACAGACAGAAAGUGCCUGGGCUGAAGAAUAUUUAGAAAAGAAGAGAAGCUCACACAAACGUUCAGCAUCGUGGGGCAGCACAGAUCAACUCAAGGAGAUUGCAAAAUUGCGUCAACAGUUGCAGAGAAGCAAGCAUAGCAGUAGACAUCAUCGGGAUAAGGAAAGACAGUCUCCGUUUCAUGGUAAUCAUGCAGCCAUUAACCAUAGUCAGGCUCCCGUUCCAAAGAGUGCUCUUGUUCCUGUGAUACCUAUUACCAAAUCAACAGGAUCGCGAUUCCGAAACAGCAUAGAAGGACUGAAUCAAGAGAUUGAGAUAAUAAUUAAAGAGACGGGAGACAAAGAAGAGCAGCUUCUUCCCCAAGAUAUUCCAGAUGGGCACCGUGCCCCACCUCCAUUGGUUCAGCGUAGCAGUAGUACUCGCAGCAUUGAUACCCAAACGCCUGGUGGAGCAGACCGAGGUAGUAAUAACAGCAGCCGUUCCCAGUCAGUAUCUCCAGCCUCAUUUCUCACCAUCUCCAAUGAGGGCAGUGAGGAAAGUCCAUGUUCUACAGAUGAUCUUCUUGCUGACUCCAGAGAUAAAGAGAAUGGGAAUAAUUCUCCCCUGCCAAAAUACGCUACCUCACCGAAACCCAAUAACAGCUACAUGUUCAAACGUGAACCUCCAGAAGGCUGUGAAAAGGUGAAAGUCUUUGAGGAAAGCUUGCCAAAGCCAUUGCAUGAAAUUCCAGCCUUCUACUGCCCUGACAAGAACAAAGUGAAUUUCAUUCCUAAAAGUGGCUCUGCUUUUUGUCUUGUCAGCAUCCUCAAGCCACUUCUUCCCACACAGGAUCUUACACUCAAGGGUACUACUCACAGCCUGACUGUCUCAUCUGGCAUGACACCUGGUUUGUUACAGCCCAUUUCUGUGGCUUCCCUAUCUGCAAAUACAGAUCAAGACAGGAUCUCUCGUGGAACAAGUACAGUAAUACCACAGACCCCUUUACUCCAGCAAUCAGGACAUACUGAGGAAGCUGAAGGAUAGAUUUAGAUUGUCUUGACAUUCUUCUGGGAAACUUCUGGGAAAAUUUUGGAACCAGU